AUGACAAAUCCAGUGAUGACUGUGAACUCUUUAUUGAUGGCAUCGGGGCAGCAGAGGAUCCCACUGAUUCCCUCACCGUUUGGACCACCAUUUGUAGACAGAGAUGCUUUGCCUUCUGUUGCACCAACCAACCCAAGACACUUUUGUGUUCCUUCCCACUUUGGAUCAUCUGUUCUACCAAAUGCAAAUAUGCCCAAUAUGCUGCCCAAUCAUGGCUACUCAGGUUGGGGCAUUUUACCAUCUGAAUCGAUAAAGGCAGUGACCAGAAGGAAUGAAAUGAUUCACAGGCACCAUACUGCCAGAUCAGAACUGGAGAUGUACGCUGUUUAUCAGCAAAGAAGAAUGGAAAAAGUGACUACCAAGGGACUAACUGGCCUAGGGGUACCAUUUCUACACAGUUCCAGCUUUCCGGCUGGCCCAGCCACUUACCAUGGCAGGAGCAAGCUCCCUGCCUGCAACCUGCACUUUCAAAGAAGUGCCGUUCUCUUGGCAACCAGACCACAUGUUCUACAGAGGUGGGGGCAGAAAUAUCAACCCAAGAGAAGCACAAGGAAUCAGAAACCUCUAGACAGUGAUAUUGAGAGUUCCAAAAGGCAAGAAGAAGAAAACACCCUAGGCCAGAUGCCUGCAAUUCCCUAUGAAGAAGAUGACUAUGCAAAACACCCGAAGUUUGGAGUAUGCCACAAUCAGGAGUCGAGUGAAACCAAGGAAAAGCUAACACCUCGCAUCCAGCCGGCAGUGCUCCAGCCCAGCCGGAAGAAACCCUGCAGAGUUCACACCACUUCCCUGGAGGCAAAGCCAUGGGACUGUGGGAAGGAGAAGCCUGCAGAGCAGGAAUCUGAAGACUGUGGCAAAGAGAACGGAGUUUGCGCUUCAGUUCCUCCACCUUGUCUGCCAGGGACACAUGCCCUCCCUCCACCUGAGGAGAGCCCUCCUUUGGACGCAGAUAUUAAGAAAUGGACCGUGGAUGAUGUACAUGACUUCAUCAGAAGCCUUCCAGGAUGUUCAGAAUAUGCCCAAAUAUUUAAAGAUCAUGCAAUUGAUGGAGAAAUUUUGCCAUUACUCACAGAGGAGCAUCUUCGAGGCACCAUGGGAUUGAAGCUGGGGCCAGGACUAAAAAUUCAAUCUCAGGUGUCUCAGCAUGUGAGAAGUGUGCUCUACAAGAAAAUUCUUUCACUUCCUACUCAUACAAGACAAGCAUUGGAUCAACCAGCAGAUACAUUCCCUCUUUGGGGUUUUAAUUCAUGGAGUAAUACAUUGAGCAUCCCUUGUUCUCGGGAUUAA